GCCGAGGGGGACGCGCCGCGAGGAGCGGCCGAGGCGGCUUCGCGGUUUUAUAGUGUAUCUCUGAGCAUGAACGCAGAAUGAAGCGCCGUUUGGAUGACCAGGAGUCACCGGUGUAUGCAGCCCAGCAGCGUCGGAUUCCUGGCAGCACUGAGACUUUCCCUCACCAGCAUCGGGUGCUCGCCCCCGCCCCUCCUGUAUAUGAAGCAGUAUCUGAGACCAUGCAGUCAGCCACAGGCAUUCAGUACUCGGUGACCCCCAGCUAUCAGGUUUCAGCUGUGCCACAGAGCUCUGGCAGUCACGGGCCCACCAUCGCCGCGGUGCAUAGCAGCCAUCACCACCCGACAGCCGUGCAGCCCCAUGGAGGCCAGGUGGUCCAGGGUCACGCUCAUCCUGCCCCACCGGUGGCACCAGUGCAGGGACAGCAGCAGUUUCAGAGACUCAAGGUGGAGGAUGCACUGUCCUAUCUGGACCAGGUGAAGCUGCAGUUUGGUAGUCAACCUCAGGUCUACAAUGAUUUCCUUGACAUCAUGAAAGAAUUCAAAUCCCAGAGCAUUGACACUCCAGGAGUGAUUAGUCGUGUAUCUCAGCUGUUUAAAGGCCAUCCUGACCUGAUUAUGGGCUUCAACACCUUCCUGCCCCCUGGCUACAAGAUUGAGGUGCAGACGAAUGACAUGGUGAAUGUGACGACUCCUGGCCAGGUCCACCAGAUCCCCCCCCAUGGCAUCCAGCCCCAGCCUCAGCCCCCACCUCAGCAUCCUUCGCAGCCUUCAGCCCAGUCCGCCCCAGCUCCUGCCCAGCCAGCUCCUCAGCCCCCACCUGCCAAAGCCAGCAAGCCUUCCCAGCUACAAGCACAUACUCCAGCCAGUCAGCAGACGCCCCCACUCCCGCCAUACGCAUCCCCUCGUUCUCCACCUGUCCAGCCUCAUACUCCAGUGACAAUCUCAUUGGGAACGGCCCCAUCCUUGCAGAACAAUCAGCCUGUGGAGUUUAAUCAUGCCAUCAACUAUGUUAAUAAAAUUAAGAACAGGUUCCAGGGCCAACCAGACAUCUACAAAGCAUUCCUGGAGAUUUUGCACACCUAUCAGAAAGAACAGCGGAAUGCCAAGGAAGCCGGAGGAAAUUAUACUCCGGCAUUGACUGAGCAGGAGGUGUACGCCCAGGUGGCUCGUCUUUUUAAAAAUCAGGAAGAUUUGUUGUCAGAGUUUGGGCAGUUUCUACCAGAUGCCAACAGUUCUGUGCUUUUAAGCAAGACAACUGCUGAGAAGGUUGAUUCUGUAAGAAAUGACCAUGGAGGCACUGUGAAGAAGCCCCAGCUGAACAACAAGCCACAGAGGCCGAGCCAGAAUGGCUGCCAGAUCCGCAGACACUCGGGAACGGGGACCACCCCCCCAGUGAAGAAGAAACCCAAAUUGAUCGGCCUAAAGGAUUCUUCCAUGGCCGAUGCCAGCAAGCAUGGUGUAGGAACGGAAUCAUUAUUUUUUGAUAAGGUCCGAAAGGCUCUGCGGAGUACAGAGGCCUAUGAAAAUUUUCUGCGCUGUCUUGUUAUCUUUAACCAAGAAGUGAUAUCUCGGGCUGAACUUGUGCAGCUAGUUUCUCCUUUCCUGGGGAAAUUCCCUGAAUUGUUUAAUUGGUUUAAAAACUUUCUGGGCUAUAAGGAGUCUGUGCAUCUGGAAACCUUUCCAAAGGAGCGCGCCACAGAAGGCAUUGCCAUGGAGAUAGACUAUGCCUCUUGUAAGCGGUUGGGCUCCAGCUAUCGGGCCCUGCCAAAGAGUUACCAGCAGCCCAAGUGUACAGGGCGAACUCCUCUCUGUAAAGAGGUUUUAAAUGAUACCUGGGUUUCCUUCCCUUCUUGGUCUGAGGACUCGACUUUUGUUAGUUCCAAGAAGACACAGUAUGAAGAACACAUCUAUCGCUGUGAAGAUGAACGCUUUGAGCUCGAUGUAGUUUUAGAAACCAAUCUGGCAACAAUCCGGGUUUUGGAAGCAAUACAAAAGAAGCUUUCUCGGCUAUCUGCUGAAGAGCAAGCCAAGUUUCGCUUGGAUAACACCCUUGGGGGCACGUCUGAAGUCAUCCAUCGAAAAGCACUCCAAAGGAUAUAUGCCGACAAAGCAGCGGACAUCAUUGACGGAUUAAGGAAGAACCCCUCCAUCGCCGUCCCAAUUGUCCUUAAGAGGUUGAAGAUGAAAGAGGAAGAAUGGCGAGAAGCUCAGAGAGGCUUUAACAAGGUGUGGCGAGAGCAGAAUGAGAAGUACUACUUGAAGUCUCUGGACCACCAGGGAAUCAACUUCAAGCAGAAUGACACCAAGGUCCUGAGGUCUAAGAGCUUACUCAAUGAGAUUGAGAGUAUUUAUGAUGAGAGACAAGAGCAGGCUACUGAAGAGAACGCAGGUGUACCUGUCGGCCCACACCUUUCCCUCGCCUAUGAAGAUAAACAGAUCCUGGAAGAUGCUGCUGCACUGAUAAUUCACCAUGUGAAGAGGCAGACGGGGAUUCAGAAAGAGGACAAGUACAAGAUCAAGCAAAUCAUGCACCAUUUCAUUCCAGAUCUUCUCUUUGCUCAGAGAGGCGAUCUCUCAGACGUAGAAGAGGAAGAAGAGGAAGAAAUGGAUGUAGAUGAAGCCACAGGAGCUGCUAAGAAGCACAAUGGUGUUGGGGGUAGUCCCCCUAAAUCAAAACUACUGUUCAGUAACACCGCAGCUCAGAAGUUAAGAGGAAUGGAUGAAGUGUACAACCUCUUCUACGUCAAUAACAACUGGUACAUCUUCAUGCGGCUGCACCAGAUUCUGUGCCUAAGGCUACUGCGGAUUUGUUCGCAAGCUGAACGGCAAAUCGAAGAAGAAAACCGUGAGAGGGAGUGGGAACGGGAGGUGCUGGGCAUCAAGCGAGACAAGAGUGACAGCCCUGCCAUCCAGCUGCGACUCAAAGAACCUAUGGACGUGGAUGUCGAAGAUUAUUACCCGGCUUUCCUGGACAUGGUGCGCAGCCUGCUGGAUGGCAACAUCGACUCCUCGCAGUACGAAGACUCGCUGAGGGAGAUGUUCACCAUUCACGCCUACAUUGCCUUCACCAUGGACAAGCUCAUCCAGAGCAUUGUCAGACAGCUGCAGCACAUCGUCAGUGACGAGAUCUGCGUGCAGGUGACCGACCUCUACCUGGCCGAAAACAAUAAUGGGGCCACUGGAGGCCAGCUGAACACACAGACCUCAAGGAGCCUCCUCGAGUCAACGUACCAGAGGAAGGCCGAGCAGCUCAUGUCAGAUGAGAAUUGCUUUAAGCUUAUGUUCAUCCAGAGCCAAGGCCAGGUUCAGUUGACCAUUGAGCUUCUGGACACUGAGGAGGAGAACUCCGAUGACCCCGUGGAAGCAGAGCGUUGGUCAGAUUAUGUGGAGCGAUACAUGAAUUCUGAUACUACCUCUCCUGAGCUUCGUGAGCAUCUGGCCCGGAAACCAGUAUUUCUCCCAAGGAAUCUGCGGCGGAUCCGAAAGUGUCAGCGUGGUCGGGAACAGCAGGAAAAGGAAGGGAAGGAAGGAAACAGCAAGAAGACCAUGGAAAACGUGGAGAGCCUAGAUAAGCUGGAGUGCAGAUUCAAACUCAACUCUUACAAGAUGGUGUACGUGAUCAAGUCGGAAGACUACAUGUAUCGGAGAACCGCCUUGCUCCGAGCUCAUCAGUCCCAUGAGCGCGUGAGCAAGCGGCUGCAUCAGAGGUUCCAAGCCUGGGUAGAUAAAUGGACCAAGGAGCAUGUGCCACGGGAGAUGGCCGCGGAGACCAGCAAGUGGCUCAUGGGCGAGGGGCUGGAGGGACUGGUGCCCUGUACCACCACUUGCGACACAGAGACCCUCCACUUCGUGAGCAUUAACAAGUACCGUGUCAAAUAUGGCACCGUAUUCAAAGCCCCGUAACUGCAAGAGCAGAGCAGAUAACUUGAGGGGGGUGUGUGUGUGUGGGUGUGUGGGUUUGUGUGUGUGUGUGUGUGUGUGUGUGGAGGGGGGUGGGGUUGCGGGGUGGGGGUGAGGGCACUUGCACUCACACACUGAAGAAACAAGGAAGAUGCCUUCUCAAGCCUCACUGGGCCUCUCUGGGACUUGGCCACCGAUCGUGUGGCUAACGCAACCUGGCACCGAGUGGGCUGCAAACAAGGAACAUGGAACCUUACAGAGCUGAAGCUGGAACUUUCCCCGAAGGGCGUUGAGUGUUAGCUCGCCCCGAAGCGGAAAGGAAGCCUCUGCAAGCACAGAAACACGCGGUUGCUUGCGCACACCAGCAGGGCUGAGGCUGGAGUCUCCGGGCCUGCCCUUCCGUGGCGGGAACCACGCGCUGUUCCCUCUCCGACUGGACGGCUGUGCGUUCACAGACUGGGGAAGCACUCGCUCUCAGAUGGAUUGAAACUCUGACGGUCACUGCUCUUCUCUUCUCCCCCAAAGAGACAAAAACUGGAUUUGACCCCUCCCCUGUCACACGAGCACAUCUAGAUCACCCAUUAGGUUUUAUCCGGGACCUGCAGUUUGGCUUUGGGAUUGAUCGUUUUGUGGAUUUGAUUCCUGACAAAUCCUUUGCUGCCUACCCUGUAUUCUUCUCUGGUUCUCAGCCUCCACAAGUUCAAAUCAGUCGUCCUUUCUAGCUCCCGUGGAACUGUUUUGUACCUGCUUCUUUACUAGUCUACCCUAGUGCCAUCCACCAGCUUUACUCUGACACACACACACACACACACACACACACAGUUUUAACUUGGAUUUUUUUUUGUAAAUAUGUACAUAUUGUCAAUUUUUUAUUAAAAGAAAUAUGCUUUGAUGUGCUAGCAUAACUGCUCUAGCUUCUUGUGUACCAUAGUACUAUGUGGCUUCAGAUUUAGUACCUAUGAACAGAUGUACAAGACAUUUAUUACACUUUUUACCAAAGGGAGUUACUGUUGUAGUACUUUUGUGUAAAACUUGUCUUCCUCCUUGCCCUAACCUUCCCCCUUUUUUUUCUUUCUUCCCCCCCCCUUUUUUUUUUUUUUUUUGUAAAUAAAUAAAGCUUGGUUCUUACUUAAGGAAUAAAGCUAACCCAAGUCCCUUGUCCUCACCAGAGAACUAUUGUAAAGCAAGGAUCUGGGCUUCUCAUCCACGGUACAAACAGGAUUUUGCUCUAAAUAGUUGCACUUCCCUAUAUCAAAAUAUCUCCAAAUUUUUUAAUAGAGUAUAUUAUUAUUUUAAUACAUGUUUUUCCUUUGUUUUAUCUGGAAAUAUAUUUGGGUAAAUUACCCAGUUUGUA